UUGGCAGCGCGGUGCCGAAAUCGUUGGCAGGUCUAAUCAGAAUCAGUCUUUGAACAGUUUUCGUGCCGUGCACUUUGUGGACGGAGUAAAGUAAAUUUUUUCGCUGUCAGCAAAAGAGAGACAGUGAUUGAGUGACUGAGUGAGAGACAGAGCGAGAGCGCUGAAAAUCUCAGCGGCUGUUCGUGAUAAUAAAAACGUGUAUGAGAAAUCGAUAAGAGCAGCAGCAGCAGCAGCUGAAGUGAAAGAAGCGCGCACACACACAGCGCCCAUGCUGUGUCUGUAUAUGUGUCGGCAAGUGCUAUAAAGACAUGCUAGCAUCUUAAAAAACCAACUACACAGAGGCUAACUACACACAUAAAGAUAACAAAUAUUAGAAAUUUAAAAAAAAAUGCAUCUGAAGACGGAAACCCAGCUACACAAGCUGCAUUCCGAGCGCGACGGUUCCGUUCGCGAGCUGAACCAGUUCAAUGAGCUGUUGACCUGUCGCAUUUGCCAGGGCUAUAUGAUAGACCCGACCACAGUUGACGCCUGCUAUCACACAUAUUGUCGCAGUUGCAUUCUGAAGCAUUUGCUGCGCGAUGUUUACUGCCCACAGUGCAAGUCCAGCGGGGGCAAGCACAUCAGCGAGGAUAACCUCAGAUCCGAUGACACGUUGCGUGCGCUGAUUUAUAAACUGGUGCCGGGUCUCUAUCAGCGCGAAUGCAAGCGUCUGGCCGAGUUCAGGGAACAGCACCGGGAACUGGAUGCCGACGAGGAGCUGCUGAGACCCCAACUGGAACAGCAACAGGAGUUCUUUACGCCAGGCGAGCCUAUUAGUUUAUCCCUAGAAUAUCAUCCCGCUAUGCUGAAAAACUGCGGCUCAUCCGAAAAGCCGCCCAUCUGCUAUCUGCAGUGCCCCGCCGAUUUGAGGGUUGUGCAUCUGAAGCGUUUCCUCUGCUCCAAGUACGACAUCGAUGCGGAGAACAAACAUGUUGAGGUCGAGGUCACGUACGAGGAUGAGGUCUUGCCGCUCAGCUUUACGCUCAUGGAUGUCGGCUAUUGUUACCAGUGGAAGCGGCACGCGCCCAUGGCAUUUCGGUAUAGGAUACUGUUGCACGAACGCGAGACAACAAAAAACGAUGAGAACAAUUUGUCAAAGGUUAAACAGGAUAUUGAGUUAAGUCCCGCGGCGGCGGCGACAAAGAGCGGCAAGUCGGUGACCUUUGCCGUGGACGUGGAUGUGAAUGCGGAUAGACAGCGUCUGCCGUUGCAUGCCACAAGCAAGGCGCGCAACAAGUCCACGCAAAAGCUGGCCAAAAGCAAGCGCCUGGCCAAAAGGGAGGCCGAAGAUGCCGCCACAGCUCCGAGCAACUUCAAGAGCCUGCGCAGCAACGAUAUGCGCUACAGCGACUACGGCGUGGCUGCCACAAGUUGCACGCCGCUGUUGCGCGUCAAGAGCGAACCGGAGCAGGAGACGGAUACGGAUACGGACGCGUUGCCGGACAACUUGGGGGCUGUGCCCAAUCUGAACAUUGUGGUCAGCAUACCGCAAUCGCAGCUGAGCAAAUCGGCCGGCUACGGCGACGAGUGCGGCUUCGAGCUGAAGACGGCCAACAAGAAGUCGUCGUCGUCGCCGCCGCAGCAGCAGGCGGCGUCGCUGGUGCGCAAUCUGCCCAAGCUCAAGAUCGAGCUGAACAGCAUGAAGGCCAAGCUGACAAUGCCCAAGUCGGCGGAGCCGCGGCUCGAGCAGCAGCAGCAGCAGCAGAUCGAUCUGGAGACAUACGCCAAGAAUAUUGGCCUCAAGCCCAUCGAGCCGGCAGCCGUUCCGGCGUCCUGCGUUCCUUCGCAGGAUCUGCUCAAAUACAGUCCCAAUGCGUCGCCCAUGUCCUCCUCCUCCUCCUCAACGAAUGGCUCCAGCGGCACUGUCGAUGCCAGCACCUGCACGAAUGCCGCCAACAGCAGCAAUUGCUCCACGUCCUCGCAUCGCAAGCGCAAGAAGAAGCACUCCAAGGAGCCAAAGGAUGCGAAUGGCAAACGCAAGAAACUGCAUGCGGAAAUCUCGUCGCAAACGGAUGGCAAAAUGAAAAUGAAAAUAACAACAACGCACAACCACAAGGCGCACAAGCUCGACCUGAAGCGUUCCCAUUCCCUCGCUGGCGGCGAGCUCGUCUCGCUGAAUCAGCUCAAGCUCGAGGAGCAGUCCACAAUGGUGCCGUUACUUUCGACCAGCAGCAAGGAGGAUGCACUGAAUCGCACGCUGGGCGAGGAAUCGCGCAGCAUCAACAGCCUGAUGCCGGCCAGCAGCAGCAGCUCCUCCGCCUCCACCUCUUCCUCUUCUGCCGCUUCCUCUGCCGCCUCCCCUGCUAGUUUUGCAGCGGACAAGCUGCCACGCAGCGGCAAGGAGCUCAAUUUGCCCGCCUCGCCGCCGCUGCCGCCCAGCCUGUUCAAGGGCUGCACGCCAGCCACGACCACGCCCACUCCGACGCCCACGCCCACUCCGACGCCCACGCCCACUCCAGCGCCCGUCAAGCCCAAGCUGGCCGCCAAGCCGCAGCUUGUCGGCAAUCACAACAAUCGCAAGGCGGCCAUGGUGCUGCCCAGUGCCACGCCCACAGUGCCACAUUUUGCUGUGCCACAGACGCCGCAGCGGCAGGCGCCGCCGCUGACGCCGCAUCAUCUGCAGCGCUACCAAUCGACGCCCAGCUCCAUAGCCAGCGCCGCCAACAAGCCGCCCAAGCGCUCGCUCUCGCUGGACGAGACGCAGGCCCAGCUGCUGGCCAAGCUACCGCGCCUGGACUACCAGCAGCAGCAGCAGCAGCAGCUGGGCAAAUAUGCCGCCAGGCUGAAGCCGAGCACAGCCUGUGCGACGCCCAUGCGUCUCUAUGGACCCGAACUGGCCAAGUCGAGCCAAAUGCCGCUGCGCUGCCCGGCCAGCCUGAGUCUCAGCCUGCCGCACACAACGGUCACCAUAACCCCCAAAGCCCGCCAGGUGGGACAGGUGGGACAGGCGGGUCAGUUGGGCCAGGCGCUGCACGGCCUCAGCUAUCCGGAGAGCGGUCUGCCGUCGCUGGAGAUUGCACGCCUGGGCCUGGGCCUGGGCCUGGGCGGAGCGGCUGCAUCGCUGAUGGGUCCGCCGGCCAGUCUGCCCAGGCAGCCGGUUAAGCGUGCCGCCCAUGCGGUACAGUCGCCGCCGCUGUCGCUGCCCGCUAAGGUCAAGUCGCCGCCGCUGUCGGUGGCGCUCAGCGGGCAGCGAGGAGGCAGCAGCAGCAGCAACAGCAGCAACAUGCACAAUGCGGCUUAUCGCACAUCGCCGCCUGCUUUAAUAAAUCUGCGCAACACGCUGCCGCACGCUUUCGCAGCCAAGGCAAAUGCUGGCGCAACCAAAGCGGCAGACAAUGCCAAGAAAACGGCAACUGUUGCAGGCGCAGCGGCAGCAACUGUUGCUGCUGCCAGCAGCAAUCAAAGCAAAGCCAAUGGCAACGCCGCGCUGGACAAGUCCAAAACAAGUUUGCGCGAAUUUCGGCCGCCAGCAACAACAGCAACAGCAACUGGCACGACAGCAACAGCCAAGGAUGCUGACAUACUUGAUUUAUCAGCGGGCACAGGACGCAGCAGCAGCAGCAACAGCAGCAGCAGCAACAAGCAGGCAACAACUGGCAGCAACAAGCACAGCAAGUUGGCGCCCACAACGUCUGCCCUGAGCUGCAACAACAACAGCAACAGCAGCAACAACAGCAGCAGCAGCAGCAACAGCCUGGAGGCCGCUGUAAAUAAAAUCAAGCAAAACUUUUGCGCCAACAGCAACAGUAACAACAACAACAAUAACAACAGCAGCAGCAACAACAAUAAUGCUGCAACUGCUGCUGCGGCAGCGGCAACAGCUGCCAGCGGCGAUGAUCUACAAAAUCUGCAUUUGCUGUCGGAGUCGGCAACGGCGCGCGAAAAGAUCUCGAUUAAGAGCGGCAACAUCUACGAGAAUAAGCCAAAGAAUGCGCUGGUCAGGCCGCAGAAUGCGUCUGUGCGCAGCAUACCGAAUCCCUCGGCGCUGGCCUUUCGCAAUCAGGCGACGCCAACAACAACAACAGCAGCAGCAGCAGCAACAACUGCAGCAGCACCAGCAACAAUAACAAUUGCUGCUGCGGCAACAACAAUUGCUGCUGCCACAACAACAGCAAUUGCUGCUGCUGCCGCUGCCGCUGCCGCCAAACCGUUAACAGUCAAAGCCGAAGAGCAGCCCAGCAGCAACAACAACAACAACAGCAGCAGCAACAACAACAACAACAACAACACGAGCUGCACUGCGUCUGCUGCUGCUGCUGCCACCUCGCCGCGUGCACUGAAAAAGCCGACAACAAUCGAUCAAGUUGCUGCCAAUUUGAACAUACUCGCCGAGGCCAAAGCCGCCGCCCUCGCCGAGGAGGCGCCACUUGUGCUGGGCGGCAGCAGCAGCGGCAGCAGCAGCAAUGGGGCAACAACAGCAGCAGCAGCAGCAACGGCAGCCAAAACGCCGGAACUGGAAAAAGCAGCCAGCAGCGCGGCCAACGUGGCCAAAACGGAUGCCAAGGCGCCAGCAACAGCAACUGCAACCUCGACAGCAGCAACUGCGACAGCAGCAGUUGCUGCCACGCCCACCACACUAGCCCUGCCCUCGCUGGCAAUGCCAAGCGCUGCGAGUGCUGCCAGCAGCGAUUCAAUGUCAAAGCCGCCCGUUCAAAUUGCCGCCACCGACACUUUGGCAUCGGUGGCAAGUUCCGCUUAGUCACAAGCGUUUCUUUGGAUGUGCGGCACGCAAAUGUAUCUCGUGGCGCCACUCGAGAGUCUACAAACCAGCAACAGCAGCAGCAGCAGCGGCAGCGGCGGCAACAAUCAGAAUCCAAACCCAAACUGAUUCCAGUUCCAGUUCCAGUUGGACUAACGCAGCCAGUUCCAGUUCUGCUGCAAUCCCAAUUGUUGAGAAUCACGGAGAAGGGCAGCCCGGGGGCUGGCACACACGCCCCUUGCUGCAGCGAGUAAGCCUUACAACUUAAGCAUAAGUACACUCAUUGGCAAGCAAUACACACACCCAAACAACACACACACACACACACACACAAAACUCGCACCAAUCCCAUACCAAAAAACAAAAAGAUACGAGCUAUAAGAUACAAGAUACUUAAACACACGGACACAUCUGUAGAUACAAAUGCGACACAAAUUCGCGCACAUAUGCAAAUAUUUGCGAUUGGAAUUAGUACGCGUCGAAAUAAAUUAUAAGCGUAAUGGAAAUAUAUAUAUAACGUAUACUAUAUAUAAACGUAUUUGUUGCUAACUACAACAACAACAACAAAAGCAGCAACAGCACAAAAAAAGCUGACACAAAAAUGCGAAAUAUAAAUAAAUAACCACAACGCGAGCUCUUGUUGUUGUUGUUGGCGAAGCAAAAAUGCGAACGAAAAUUAAUUAUAAAAUAUCAGCAAAAAAGCAAAAACAAGAAAAACAGAAACGCAGAUACUCUAAUCGCAGACAAUAUUGCGAUACGCUAACGUGUCGGGCACACGCGUCGCUAACCCAACUCGUUGAACUUGCUCGUUGAAGAUGCUGAGGAAUAUUUGGCAGAUCAAACAACUCGUUGUUGCGCCGGCGAGUGCGUCGCAGCAAGUAGAAAGGAGAGCAUAGUCGAGUUGAACUCGGCAGCAAACUCGCUGCUGCUAAAGCGAGUGCUUUCAAUAAAGUGCGUCAAUUAAAUGCGGUGAAUUCGCAAGCAAAGUGAGCUGUUCAUCUUACUCGUUGUUGCGCCAGCGAGUCAGUUUGCAGCAGAUACUUGGAGUGGAAGAACUCGUGCAGCUCAAAAUAGAAAGCAAAGGAAUGAGAAGCUCGUGCCUUUAUUUGGCAGACUGAAGCGAAUGCGACUCGUUAAAUUCGUGCCUACUCGUUGUUGUACCAGCGAGUGCGUCUGAAGAAGAAGCAAAGAAAGCAUUCGGAUAGUUAAAUAAAUUCGUAGAGCUGGUUUCAAUUCGUUGUUGCAAUAGCGAAUGCGACUCGUUGAGCUCUUGACAACUCGUUGUUACUAUAGCGAGUACUUCAAUUGCCGGAAUAAAGCGAACACGAGUCGUGCUCUGAAACUAACUCGUUCAUGUGCUAGCGAGUGCUUUAAAAGAACGAGUAGUAGAAACCAGAAACCAGCCCGAACAGCUGACAUUUGAAAUAGAAUUUGUUCCUAUAGUAGCUAGUGUACCGAGCUCGUAAGCUCUCGAAAAUAGCACUCGUUCCAAUACAUAUAUAUUAGAAUGACAGUGAAAAGUUAAAAAAAGAAAACUUGCUAUACAUGCCCCAUAGACUCUAGCCAGCGUCUUAAGGGUAUCAGCUAGUUCAUAAACGGAAUAAUUAUGAGCUGAUAACAUGAGGAGCGGAAAAAAAGGCGUUUUUUUUUGUAUUGCGCGUAGCUAGAAUCAAAAACAAAUCGCAUAAAUUAUUGAAUAUUAUGAGAAACGUGCAGCAAGUUUAUCGGAAGUG